AUUUUUUUUUUUUUUUUCUCCUCUCUCCUCCAUGGUUUCUCCUCCUUGCUCUUGUGAGUAAGUUGGCGUUCGCUCUCAGCAGCUUCCACACGUUUCCUAUAUACAGAGAGGGUGCUCAGAUUGUCUCCUUCCAUUAAGGACACCUCGGGCUGCUCUUUUGCAAGCACAGGGCGCACUGUUCAACCUCCCUCCCCCUCCCCUCCAAACUUUUUUUUUUUUUUUUUUUUAAAUAAUUUCUGAGCUUGAUCAUCUGAGAAAGAAGAGCAAGUAAGGGACGCAGGAAAAGAUUGGAAACAUAUAUAUAGUCAGAUCGGCUGGGGGGCAGCACGACUAGAACAAGAAUAACAGUUCCAACAAGAUGGACAUGAAAAAACGAAUCCACCUGGAGCUGAGGAACAGGACGCCGUCUGAUGUACGAGAAUUGGUUCUGGAUAACUGCCGGGCGCAUGAAGGCAAAAUAGAGGGUCUUACAGCAGAGUUUGUGAAUCUAGAAUUCCUCAGCUUAAUAAAUGUCUUAUUGAUGUCAGUCUCAAAUCUUCCAAAGCUCCCCAAAUUAAAAAAGCUUGAGCUGAGUGACAACAGAAUCUCUGGAGGUCUGGAUGUACUAGCAGAAAAAUUAUCAAACCUCACACAUCUAAAUCUCAGUGGAAAUAAAAUAAAGGACAUUAGCACAUUGGAACCUCUGAAAAAAUUAGAGUCUUUGAAAAGCCUGGACCUAUUCAACUGUGAAGUAACAAAUUUAAAUGACUACAGAGAAAGUGUUUUCAAGCUCCUCCCACAACUGACUUAUCUGGAUGGGUAUGACAGAGAAGACAAAGAGGCCCCAGAUUCUGAUGCUGAAGCUGAUGGAGAUGGUGUAGAUGAGGAGGAAGAAGAUGAAGAGGGUGAAGAUGAGGAAGAAGAUGAAGAGGAGGAAGGUGAAGAGGAAGAAGAUGUAGAUGAGGAGGAAGAUGACGAUGAAGAUGAAGAGGAGAUAGGGGAGGAAGAAGAUGAAGAGGAUGCCAGUGGUGAGGAAGAGGAAGAAGACUUUGGACAUGAUGGAGAAGUAGAUGAAGAUGAUGAUGAGGAGGAUGAUGAAGAGGAUGAAGAAGAAGAAUCUGGCAAAGGAGAGAAAAGGAAGAGAGAAACUGAUGAUGAUGGUGAUGAAGAGGAUGACUAAGGCAGAAAACAAAAAAUAGAGAAUGAAAUGAUAAAGGACCUUAAUGGAUUAUAUGGUAUUGAUUGAACUGGCCCCACCCAUGGAUUACUGAUAAGCAGGUUUCAGUCAUAGUGAUUAAAAACAAGCCCCUGUCCUUGAAAACCCAACGAGCCAAAGAGUUGUUACUGUGACAUUCCUACCACCAAUAACCCCUACUGGAAGCUUACAACAUAAUUUCUAAUUAAGUCUGAAAAAAAGGCAAAAAAAAAAGACAGAACUUCUGGCUAAAUUUCAAACUUUGGUCAAUGCUUUUCCUAUUCUGUUGGGGUUCCUAAGGGUUUCUGAGUUAGACCUCUGAGGUUGUAUUUUUGGAGUCAUGGUUAUCAGUGGCUACCUGUUAACUAGAAGAUGGAGCAACAUUUUUACUUUCUGUACAACAACGAAAAAAAGAGGGAAAAAAAAACCUUUGUAAAUAAAAUCUUAACAUUUUGGGUCUGUUUUUCAUGCUUUGCUUUUUUUCUAACAGUUCGAUAUUUUUUUACAGUAGGAUGUUUUUUGCGACAACUGCAGAUGAUAAACUAUUUUUUAAGAACAUGAGUGAAAUAAACAUGUUACUAUUUGGUAAA